AAAACUUCUUAAGGAUUUUCCCUUUGGACAUUCCUUUGAACCAAACAGGAAAACACUUCCCCUUGGACAUUCCUUUUCAGGAUUUUUCUGUGCCUAAGGUUGACACUCCAUCCUAUUGGGAAUAUACAACAAACAACACCAAAAACAAAACACAACACACAACACAAUAAACGUAUAGUCCACAAGAACCCCCAAAUCAAUGGCUCCGAGCAAGCUCAGAAAAGCCAUUGGGGCAGUCAAGGACAAGACAAGCAUAGGUCUGGCCAAAGUUGGUAGCAGUGCCUCCCUCGCCGACCUCGAUGUCGCCAUCGUUAAGGCCACCCGUCACCAAGAAUACCCUGCCGAUGAGCGGCACAUUCGAGAAGUACUGAAUCUAACCUGUUACUCCCGUGCCUACAUCGGUGCAUCAAUCGCCACCAUUGCUAAGCGUCUCAACAAGACCAAGAACUGGAUCGUGGCAAUCAAGACCCUCGUGCUAAUUCAACGCCUCCUCACUGACGGCGACCCGGCAUUCGAACAGGAGAUUUUCUUUGCCACGAGACGCGGGACCCGCCUUCUCAACAUGUCUGAUUUCCGCGACACAUCCCAGUCCGAUUCCUGGGACUACUCCGCGUUUGUGCGCACCUACGCAUUGUAUCUUGAUGAACAGCUCGAGUUUAGGACGCAAAGCAGGAAGAAAAGCAAGCGUGGCAUAACUGCAUACGAUGAGGAAGAUGACGAGGUGGCUAGUCCGUCCUCCGCAAGAGACACGCCUGUGCGUGACAUGAAGAACGAACAUGUGUUUUCAAGAGUUCAUCAUCUGAUGCAACUCUUGGAGCGGGUUUUAGCGUGCCGCCCUACAGGUAAAAAUCAACGUGUGACCCAGAUUCAUUCUAGGCGUACCGAUCUUACUUCUAAAGUUUUUGUUUCAAUCUAUGAAACAGGUACAGCAAAGCAUAACAGGGUUGUGCACGUGGCUCUCUAUCCACUGGUGAAAGAAAGCUUCCAGAUCUACUAUGAUAUAACAGAAAUACUGGGGAUCUUAAUCGAACGGUUCAUGGGACUAGAAGUCUCUGACAGUGUGAAGGUCCAUGAGAUCUUCUGCCGCAUAUCAAAGCAGUUUGAUGAGCUCGAUGAAUUCUAUGGAUGGUGUAAGAAAACUGGGAUUGCACGCUCUUCUGAAUACCCAGAGGUUGAAAAAGUUACACAGAAAAAACUCGAUGUUAUGGAUGAAUAUAUACGGGACAAGUCCGAAUCUAUGCAUAACAGGAGGGCUGAGUAUUUGGAACAGAAGAGUGAAACCGAGGAAGAAGACAAGAAGUCUGAAGUUGUUGAAGAGGACACAAGCAUGAUCAAGGCAUUACCACCGCCUGAAGAAUUGCCUGAGCCAGAGAAAGAAGAGAAGGAAGAGGUGGCGGAGGAGCCGAAAGAAAAGGAUAAUAAUACCAUCGUCCAGAUAGAAGCCGAUUUGUUGAACUUGCGCGAAGACGCGGUAACGAGCAAAGAACACGGGGAUAAAUUGGCUUUAGCCUUGUUUGACGGUGGUGCACCAGUAAUGGGUCCGGGGACAACUCCAGCGUGGGAAGCCUUCAAAGAUAUGGAAAACUGGGAGACGACACUCGUUCAAUCCACAAGCCAUUUGUCGAACCAGAAUCCAUCGCUUCCAGGCGGUUUCGAUAUGAUGCUACUCAACGGCAUGUAUCAACAAGGAGCAACAACACAUGCAAUGGCUUCGUCGGGUUUUGUGACCACCGGAAGUGCUAGCAGCGUAGCGUUUGGAUCAGCUGGAAGGCCAGCAAUGUUGGCGCUGCCAGCACCUCCGGCGGCAGACGGAAGUGUGGCAGCUAUAACAGGUGCCGACCCAUUUGCGGCGUCGCUUCCGGUGCCACCACCGGCUUUCGUGCAGAUGUCGGAGAUGGAGAAGAAGCAGAGGAUGUUAGUGGAGGAGCAACUGAUGUGGCAGCAAUAUGCGAGGGAUGGGAUGCACGGCCAGGUCGGAUUGACAAAUAUGCAACCAAACACAUAUCCUUACAACAUGGGAGGUUACACACAUACUUACUGAAGCUUUGUUAUCGUUCAGCAUUCUUUUUGUU